UGCUCCGUGAGCAGUGUUACAUUAUCAGAGGCAAAGAAGAAAGGUCAAAAAUGGGUCUUCUUACAAAUAGAGUUGAGAGGAAUGAGAUCAAACCAGGAGAUCAUAUUUACACUUACAGAGCUGUUUUCGCUUACUCUCAUCAUGGUAUCUUUGUUGGUGGAAGCAAGGUGGUUCAUUUUAGACCUGAGCGUAACUUGGAUUCCAGCAUUGAUACAUCUUCUAAUCUAUUAGAUCCGACAUUCCCUAGAUCAACUUGUCCAACUUUCCCUGAUUGCGGCUUCCGGCAGCCAAACAGUGGGGUAGUACUCUAAUGCCUGGAUUGUUUCCUUCGAAAUGGAUCUCUCUACUGUUUUGAAUACGGGGUGACCCCAUCUGUUUUCCUUGCCAAAGUGCGAGGAGGCACAUGCACCACGGCAGCCUCUGAUCCUCUUGAAACAGUUAUCCACCGGGCAAUGUAUCUUCUUCAAAACGGGUUUGGAAACUAUGACAUAUUCGAGAAUAACUGCGAGGAUUUUGCUCUGUAUUGCAAAACUGGUCUUCUGAUUCUAUACAAUCUAGGAAUUGGAAGAAGUGGUCAGGCCUCUUCCAUGAUAGGUGCCCCAUUGGCUGCUCUUCUUUCUUCCCCGCUAAAGCUUUUGAUGCCAAGUCCUAUAGGUGUGGCAACAGUUACAGCCGGGAUGUACUGUAUGACCCGAUAUGUAACUGAUAUAGGCAUUCGAACUGAUGUGAUCAAGGUGGCGGUUGAGGACUUGGCUGUGAACCUAGGCUGGGCAGGGCGUCAUGAUGAAGCAGCUGAAGAAAAUGAGGCUUCUAACAGACAAGUUGUGGCAUUGUGACAUGAUCUAUAUUUCUUCUGCAUGAGAAUAAAGCAGUAGCUUAGACUUGAUUGAACUCAUAAUGUGAUUGUCUCCUCCAAGUUUCUCACUGCUCAUAACAUUGUUAACUUUUCUCAGGCUAGUUGCUUGCCGUUUAAGCUAUGCUAUAUUCAGACAGAACUUGAGGUAUGGAUUAAAUGAAAGGCAUGACAGUAAUUGCUGUUAUUAUGCAUAACAAAUUAACAA